GAAGGAGCAGAUGCAGACAAGACUUGGUAGAAGGGUGGACAUGUGAGGAGAAAAGAGCAGACUGUGGAAAAAUAAAGCAUAAAUGAAGGAGUGGCUGCUGGUGACGGAGUGGAGUUCAGGAAAUAAUCAUAGUCAGGCGGCACUGACAUGAUGUGGACAACAACUGUCAUCCUGCUGCUUGUGCCUCAUCUGCUUUCCUCUACAUUCUCUCUUGAUUGUCAGGACACAGGAGACAGCACCAAUUUGAACCAAUCAGAAACAGUCAUUGAGGACUUCUCUGAUGCUCCAGUCAAAGUCCAGAAACUUCCCGGAGGGGUCAAAGGUCGGGACACGUGCUCCAUCCCGUGUGACAUCACUGUCAAGCUGCUUAGAGAUGAGAAACAUUCAAUCUGUGGCCAGUUACAGCAGUCUCUGUUGGCGUUUGGACGUAGCACCCGGAAGCUGAUGAGGGAUGUGAUGGAGGAGCAGCAGAGAGCCCUGGACAUCCUCAGCAGUCAGGUCACAGAGCUGAUGACCAAAGUGCAGAUGCUCAGCUCCGAGGUUCAGAGAAGCAACACUGAGAUGUACUCCAUCAAACCCGUGCAAUCCCACGGGCGAGACUGCAGCGACAUCAAGGACAAUCUUUUGUCAGUCGUCCCCAAGAUCCCCAGUGGUAUUUACAUCGUCCAUCCGGAGAAUACAGACUCUUCAUUUGAGGUUUUCUGUGAGAUGGACUACAUGGAUGGCGGAUGGACGGUGAUGCAGCGGAGGACCGAUGGAUUAACUGACUUCAAACGACCAUGGGCUGAUUAUGUUGAUGGCUUUGGAAACCUUGCAGGUGAACACUGGUUGGGUCUGAAGAAGGUAUUUCAUAUAGUAAACCAGAAAGAUACUCGGUUCCAACUUCAUGUCGCCCUGGUGUCCCAAGAUGACGUCACCUCUUACGCGUCAUAUGAUGAUUUCAACCUGGACAGUGAAACACAGUUCUUCACUAUACACCUGGGCAGAUAUGCAGGCAGCGCAGGUGAUGCAUUUCGCGGCUACGACCAGGAUCAGAACCAGGACACGGCUCCAUUCAGCGCCUCAGACGUGGACAACGACGGCUGUAAUCCUUCCUGCUCCAUCGAAGAGCGAACAGUGGAGAGCUGCAGCACUCAGCACAACCAGACAGGAUGGUGGUUCAACCAAUGCGGCCUGGCAAACCUCAACGGCUCUCCUGAAGACGCAGAGCAGAACCGGGCUCAGAGGACGCAAAUCCUGUGGGACACCUGGAGACAGAACGGAGUCCCUCACAACAUCAAAUCUGUCACGAUGAAGAUCAGGAGGAUUGCAACCAAUAACUGACAGAGAGGAGGAGGAAAAAAAGGGAUGAAUCAUAAGUUGCACUGCAUCUUUGUACAACCUGCAGUGUUAAUAAAACAGGAUAGAAGGAUGUG